AACUUCUGAAUUGACUUUUACUGGAACUUAGUUGAGAAUUAAACAGAAUAAAAUAAAGGAAGAAAAUCCCGUUAUUUUCGUGUUAUUCUUUUUGUUGUUUCUUUCUUCCCCUAACCAAUGGCGGGAGGCUCUGUAUCUGCACCUCAGAGAAGCAAAGAUUUCGGAAAUCUCGAACAUGGAUGCGAGCACUAUAAGCGACGAUGCAAAAUCCGUGCUCCUUGCUGUAAUAAGAUCUUCCCAUGCCGCCAUUGCCACAACGAGGCCGCAAACUCAGUUAGCAACCCAAAAGAUCAUCACGACCUUGUCAGGCAGGAUGUCAAGCAAGUUAUUUGUUCAAUUUGCAAUACCGAACAGGAGGUUGCUCAAGUUUGUUGUAAUUGUGGGGUAAAUAUGGGAGAAUAUUUCUGCAACAUUUGCAAAUUCUACGAUGAUGAUACCACGAAGGAACAGUUCCAUUGCAAUGAUUGUGGAAUUUGUAGGGUGGGUGGUCGUGACAAUUACUUUCACUGUCUGAAAUGCGGUUCUUGCUAUAUGGUGAAUCUGCACGACAAUCACUUAUGUGUGGAGAACUCCAUGAAGACUGACUGCCCCAUCUGUUAUGAGUAUCUUUUUGAUUCAGUUAAAAGCACGAGGAUUUUGAAUUGUGGACAUACAAUGCAUAUGGACUGCUUUUCUCAGAUGACUAUGCAAAAUCAGUAUCGAUGUCCCAUCUGCUGCAAGGCAGUGCUUGAUAUGACUGCUUUCUGGGAAGUUCUGGAUCUGGAUAUUGAUGCUACUUCAAUGCCUGCGGAGUAUCAGUUUGAGGUUUCAAUCCUCUGCAAUGAUUGCAACAGUAAAAGCAUAGUCCAAUUCCAUAUUUUGGGUCUCAAGUGCAGAAGAUGCAAUUCUUAUAACACCCGCAGGAUUGCAAACCAAGCAAUCAUUCGUGAUACACACUGAAAGUUUAAUCGGUUGGCAAUGCACAUUUGACACUCUUGUAUGGAAAAUCUCAAACAAAACAUGUCUGUUUUAGUUCUUACAUCUGUUUUCAUUGUUCAUUUGGACUUCUAUUGAGAUUUUCACAAGCUGUUUAUGGUUGAUGUGAAACAUGUGCUUCAUGUGGACGGUAGUAAUGGUUGCACAUGCACUUGAAUUUUGGAACAAAACACAAGGUAGGCUUCUUGCAUCAUUUCCCUCAGAAAA